GACACUGUACCACAUUUCUGAGAUCAGGUAACAUGCUGGUUCAACGCAUGCCCCAUUUGCAUGUAACCAUGCACAACCUCACCACAGAUCACUCACUGAGACAGUGAAACCACUGUGAAACGAAUACUGAGGAAAGGUUUAGAAACUUGUUUGGACCCUCGGCAUAUGGAUACACAUUUUGCUGCUCUAUGUGUGGUAAGCACAGUGUCUGUAUGUACUUAAUUGUAAUUUACGUAAUUGUUUUGUCUUGAAUUUAACCCAGGAUAGAUUUAUUUAUAUAUUAUUACUACUUGAUACACACACACACACAGAUUAGUAAUUCCGCAAGGAAACAUUAAUUAGACAGUAUUAGACAAUAUAUGUGUGUGUGUGUGUGUGUGUGUAUAUAUAUAUAUAUAUAUAUAUAUAUAUAUAUAUAAAUUUUUUUCCUGGGUUUUCUGUUGAAUUUGGCUGCAUUAUGUAAAGUAGGAUGUGAAACAAUACGUAAUUAUCCUUGAGGAAGAGUUCAAUAGUAGCUGUUUGAGAUUUAAAAGUAUCAUUAAAAGUAUCAUCAAUCAUAUUCUUAUUUUACUGUUACAGCAUAAGAAUAUGUGGCAGGUGUUGCUAGUGUCCUCACACACUAAGCAGAAUCACCUCCACAGAGGGAAUCAUGUGGAAGGUCAUGCAUGUUUUAUAACUAUACCUUCCUCAUCUGUCUGGCAGUCAGUGUCUCUAGGCAACAGAGCUCAGAGGAGGGCAGCAUUGGGUGCAGUUGCCAAAACAGAAGAAAAACACUAAAUAACUAGUUAUGACCGAGUACUACUGAGUGAACAUAGAUCUGGAGUAAAGAACUCUCUUGUGUUUUUGUUGACAAGCUCUUGCUUUUUGCAUUUUGCAUUUUGAGGAUUUUGUAUAAAUGUUGUGACCUAAACAAAGCUGAUUGAAAGGCCAUGGACCAUAUAAGGCAUUUUGGAAGUCCAACACUAUCUGACAUCAGUGGGAAAUCAUGAGAAUUUCAGCUGUCGUUACUUUGCCCUUCUUCUUGUGUGGUGUGUUCUGAAGAUGUCAUCAUCUGUCAUAAACUCUUAAACAUCAUUGAUGCACCAGGCUCUACUAAAGCUUUGAUGCUCACUGAUGGACUCAUUGAUUCUGUGGACAACAUGGUCCUCUCUGAAUUGUCCAACAUGAGUGUUCUGGCACUCAGCAACAAUGCCAUUUCCAGCAUCAUGGAGAAUGCUUUUCAGAACCUCUCUUUUCUAACAACACUGUUGCUGGACCACAACCGCAUCUCCAGCCAAUCCCUGGACAGCUCCACGUUCUUCUGGCUCCACAGAUUGGAGACUCUCGAGCUUGGAAAUAACGAUCUAAUCGACAUUGACGGUUCCUGGUUCCAAAGCUCUAGAGCUUUAAAAACGCUUCAACUAGAGGGGAACCGCCUUACUUGCUUGAACUCCACCACCUUUGCCCACGCUGACCUGAGGAACCUGGAAACAUUGGACUUGUCCAACAACCUCAUUGGGUACUUAGGACAUGAUAGCUUCCGAGGACUUCCUCAUCUCCGCAGACUCGAUCUGUCCCGCAAUCAUCUACGCAGUGCUCCAAAUGCGUUCUCCUAUCUGUCAUGGCUCUCAGUGCUAAACCUUGAUUUGAACCACUGGAGCUGUACUUGUGAGUUGAAAGAGCUGGCCUUGUUUCUUAGGAGCUUCAUUCAGGUUCCUGAAAAAGUCUUGUACAAUGGGCACAGGAUGGUGUGUGUGAAUGCAGAUAACGCAACUGUGCAGGCUGUGCUGGAGUUAACUGAUGCUAACUGUGUCCCACCAAACAGGAAUAUAACAGUGGAAGUUGUGGCUAAAAGUAAUAACACUUUUCAGCAAUAUAUUAGAAAUGUUGCAAUUGCCAUUGUAUUUUCAUUUUUGGGUGGGGUUGGGAUCACCCUGGGAAUGAUUGCCAUUGCAUACCACAAACUCAGUAAGAAAUUUGAACUAGUGCAGGGGGAAAAUAAAGCUAUGGAAAGAAAAACGUUUAGCCCAGAAUCAACCCAGUGGAAUUUCUGCGAAGGCAAGGACACUCUAUCUAUGAGCCAUGCACUGUGCAACAGCAACUACAAAUCCCAUCAGCCCUGGGACAGAGAAGACUCUCCUUAUCUGGGAUCAGACACAAUGGAGAAUCAUUUCACCUGCCACAAGUGCAGUCCUACAGCACUUGGGGUAGGAAAGCACAAAAGACAGAUUGUCCCGCACAGAGCCAAUCAUGUAGGUGAACAGCUGACUAAUCGCCAACGUGAAGGGAAUAAUAAAUAUUCCAUGUUGCAACAAAGGAUCAAAGUCACAAGUCGACAAAGACAUAAUGACAGCGAGGCAGACAUUCCAAACAGCAAUCUGGGCCAUCAGGGUACUUCUUCCCAACAUUGUGGGGGAUCAAACAACAUCUCAGCUGUCAGAAUACGGCAGCUGGCCCUCAGUAAUCAUUUAUCAGCCUUCCAGAGAGGCACGUUCAGAACCCCAGACCAAAUCCACAAUGAAAUAACUCAAGGAAAUCAUUCACUGUCAAAGCACCGGGCUGAGGACCUUGAUGUUCAACCAAUUUACCAAACCAUCAGCUGUCUGCACUGUCAUCAAACUUAUGAAUACAGACAAGCUGGGAGUAGUAACCAGAACUUUCAGUUUGCAAAUCACUCACAGAACGCAGUUCAAAAUGGAGCACAAAUCUACAACGCCAUGCUAUGUAGAGACAUCUUGGGUUAUGACAAGUCAAACGCUGGGAGAAAUGGUGAGAGUCAAAAUAGUGAGCUGGGCUUUAAGCUAGCUUCUCAAAGAAGCGUUACUUUUGAUCUAUCUGGGAGAGAGGGACAUGUCAUCACCACAACGGCUGACAGACACAAAAAGGAAAGCAGGAUGAAGGACUCUGAAACAUCUGCACAGAAAAGCCCCCGAAAACUGGGUAAGACUAAGAGCAGCACACAAGGACACUUAAAAACCCAGAAAGCCAGAGGACAAGCAAAGAGGACACUGAAAGUUAAAUUAAAUUUAAACCCCCUUCGAAAAAGCAGAGUUCAUCCAAAGUCCAUUGACGAAGAAGAUAACGAAGAAGACAAGAUGUACAAAAAGGCCAAUAAGGAAAAAUUGAAAAGCAAAAAGGACAAAAAAGAGAGAUUACAAAUAAACAAAACUAGCAAAAAAUCAAAAGAUAACACUGAAUGCUCAGGAAGAGAGAAAGUGGAAAUUAAUGCUAUGCAAGACACCUCUAAGACGAAGUGUUCUAAAAAAGAAAAUAAGGAAUUAAACUGCAUGUCUAGAGAUACAGAUGAUGUCACUAAAGAAGAAGGUCAAAGUUAUAUUUCCAUCCAGGGAGAAACUCUAUUAGACACUGCCUUCAGCAGUAGAACUGAACCUCAAAUGGCAUCAACACUCCCACUAACACUCAGUUUAGCUCUUCCAGAUGAUCACAACAGUCUUACAGUUCCAUCACAUCCUGACGUUCUGGAUGCCGGCGACACUCAGCAGCUAUCCAAUCUAAAUAUUAUAUUGAGUGAACCCACUGUUCCACGGGAUGCUGUGGAUCAGUCCAUCAGUUCAGACCUGAUGAGCUCUGCUGCACCUGUCAUCCAAGAAUAUGUAUCUUCAGCUGAGGGCUCACCAAAGAGAAAGUUAAGACUAAUUUUACCUGAAAAAACAACCAACAGGCCACAAACAGCACUUGAUAAGAAAAUCAGAUAGCGUUAUUC